GUAGAGGUUUCAGUCGUAAUUUCCUCUCAUUUGAGAGUUGCACGCAGUUCCAACUUUCUGUAACAGCGUACUGAUGUCAUGUUCUUCUACAUGAAAGUCCUUUCAACUCUUCUGUGUAUACUGUUACUUCACCAAAAUGCAAGCGAAUCUUGUCCAGCAGGUCAUAGACAAAAUUAUAUUACGAAAAAAUGUGAGCUCUGUCCACAAAACCAAUACAGAUCUACAAGUGGAACAUAUCUUCACUGUGAGAACUGCAGCAAAUGUAAAACAGGAAGUAUCGAGCUCAAUUCUUGCACAUUUACAAGUGACACUAAAUGCAAAUGUAAAAUAGGCUUUACGCCCAUUGAUCGGGAAAAGGAAGAGAUUUGCUCUUGUGAAAAAGGUUCUGGAAUAGAUGAAACAGGAAUAUGCAAAAAAUGUGAGGAUGGCUUCUUCACAGACAAAGAAAACUCAAUUUGUCAAAAAUGGAGAGAGUGUAUAAGUGGGAUUGGGACCCCAGGCACAGGCACUUCUGAUGCUGUCUGCAAAAAUGCCUCGAUAGAGGUGACAGAAACUCCCAAAACCCACACUACCCCAUUCCAGACAACCACAAUCUCUUCUAAGGCCACUUCAAGAACUACAGACUCCUCUUCCAACAACACACAAAAAAACAGCCUCUACAGUUUGUGGCUGGUCAUUCUUUGCGCUGGUAUUCUUCUGCUGGCUGGAGUCCUGUACCACAAGUGUACAGUCGCCCACUGUAUUCAUAACCACAAGAAAGUGGAUUUUCGAAAAGAAAGUGUAUGCAGAAAGCCUGUUGAAGAAUCUGGGGACAAGUGCCAGUCUUUGCUUGUCUAACGCUGUUGUUAAUGGCAUCAGUGUUUCUUUUUGUGGAAUAUUUUGUACGCAAUAUCAGUUGUUUUAUAACUAGUUUUUAAUUGCUGUUAUCUUCAUUAAAUUUCCACUUAAUAACACCACUUAAAGGGAUAGUUCACCCAAAAAUGACAAUUCUGGCAUCAUUUACUCACCCUCAAGUUGUUUCAAACCUGUAUGAGUUUCUUUCUUCUGUUCAACACAAAAGAA